GGCACGAGGAACAAAAGAAGGAGGCAGCAGUUCAUGACAAUAAGGAAGUGGAUGCUGUUGAACUGGAACUUUAGCUUUCCCACUGCUGUUUAAAGUGAAAUGUGUCAGUUCGCAGCUCAGUGACAGACUCAAAACAACAACGGCUGAGCUAAGGAAGUUAGCCGCUAAGCUAACUGCGUCAUAAACUUCAUAUUAUUAUCUUAAAACUCAGAAACAGGAGGAGAGGAAGACACGGACAAACAUUCCAGCCACAAUGGAUCACAAAGAGAAAUCUCCGGAAGGAGCCCUGGACCUGAGUCAAGAUGAUUUGCCGCAGAUGGACGGUUCCUGUGAUGCGUGCGAGCCCGACGAAGCCCAACCAGCGACGCAGGUGUGCCACAGCUGCAGCUUCGCCUUCUGCCCGAUUCAUGCUGAGAGACACGCCAGCAGCACUCGGCACGCGUUAGUGCCUUAUAACAGCGAAGACGCACAGGCCUGUGGCGCGGACAGAGACUCCAGAGUCGAAGGAGCGGCCGAGGAGGAAUCUGGUGCAAAUCAGGGGGCGGCCCACGGUGGAAAGAGUGGGACCGCUGAGGAAAGAGAAAAUGCUGAGAAUGAGGGGAAAGGUGGCGACGAGGCUGAGGCCAUGGCUGCUGGAGAGGCGGGGAAGAGGGACACCGUGACCGUGGAGAGGCUGCGUUGCAAAGAGCAUGGCCAGGAAGCCUCCCUCUACUGUAAACCCGACGAGCAAAUCAUCUGUGUGGUUUGCGCUGUGCAGGGCGAGCACAGGGAUCAUGAGAUCAUCACUCUGCACGAGGCCUAUGUGUGGCAGAAGAGCAGGCAGGGUCAUGACCUGCUGGGCUACACACAGCAGAUGGCUGAAAGGAUCAAGACCAGGUGGACCAACCCUGAGAUGUCUAUGGAGGAGCUAGAAGGAUACGUCAACAGCCAGUUUGACGAGCUCCGCAGGUUGGUUCGACUGGAGGAGAGGAGGACCCUUCACCUCGUAGACCUCAAAGAAGCGUUCCUCACAGCCUCGGCUGCAGAGAAAAUUGCUGAGAUCACCGUCGAAACCGAGAAACUGCAGGAGGAGAUGGAUAACAUCACACACCAGCUGUGCCUGCUGGAACAGGCCGAGGCGCAGGCAGUAGGUCCUGCAGCAGUGGCAGAGGUCCUAGCAGCGAGGCCUGGACCAGUCCACAGAUUACUGCACGACAUUGAAGCCAGGCCAAGGUUGCCGGAGCCAAGGGCAAACCCCAUGGACCCGCGGGAUUUGGAAGACAAUGAUUCUGGCCCGUCCAUGGACCACGCCCCGUGAUGUGAGCCGAGCAGACUCCCCCGUGCAUCCACCUGUCCUUCACGAUCUGCUUCAGCCCGCUGACAGCCCAGUUGAGCCGUCAGGCCGGCCCCUUCACUGUCAGUCAUUUCUGCGCACCCCCUCCUUUUUUUUUUUUUUUUCCCUGGCAGUGACCUUGAAAGAAAGCUGCAGUGACAAAUAUGGAUGGCCACAUCUUUUCCACACUCAAAACUUUCCUAAUUCCUCACUUGCUACGAACUUUCUUUAAUUGAAGCACUCAAGCUAUGUGCAAUCAAUUACCAUCAGGCUCAAUUUCCACAGCCAGCCAGAUCUUUUGGCUUACUGGUGAGAGAGGAGCUGGGUAAGGCAGCUGUGCGAAGCAUCUGUUAAGCUCAACAGAUGUUAGGAAAACAAAAGUAUGUGACACAGUGGUUUACACUCCUCAUUUAUUUGGAGUAUAAUUAUGGUUCUGCCGAUUAGACUCCACCGAUCUGCCUUAAAUCUUCAAGAGAUUAUUUUACAUCCAGAGGUGCACUAAUCCGGCUUUGUCUGGACGAUGCCGAUUUACGGCGUUCUUUGAGGUCUGGCAUGCUGGUUCCAAUUUUUACUCCACCCAAUUAUUUUUUAUUUUUUUUAUUUUAAGGAGCAUACAGCAGAUUAAAAAAAAAGAAUUAAAAACGUGCUGUUGGUUCUUUCUGAAUUCGACAUAAUCACGAAGAAGUGAGAUCACAUAUUUACAUACACUAGAAAAUAAAUGCAUAACUUUUUUUUUCUCACUGAUAUUAAUCUAUAUCAGAUGAAGAUUUUCCUCUUUUACCAAGAUUAUUUAUGUUUGCUAAAUAACAAGCAAGAUUUUAGAGAUUUUCUUCAUUUUUUUACUGUCUUAACAUUCAGAAAUGAACAAAAAUCUUUGCAUGUGGUAGAAUUGCCUUUUAAACUGUAUCACUUGGGUCAGAUCCUUUGGGUGUCCUUUCUCACAGUAGUUUGCUGGAGUUUUGGCACAUCAGCUCUGUACACAAUUUUUAAUGGUACUAAGAUGUGGCUAUGUGGUGACAACUCCAAAAACUCUGACUUUACUCUCCCUAAUCCACUUUGUAACUUAAUUUGGUUGACCCAUUUGUGCCCAGGAUUUAAUUUCCUGGCCAAUGUCUUGUGAGAAUGCUUUAGUAUUUCUAUAAAAACAAGUAGAAGAUUAAUUUCAAUGUGAAUAAUAUGCAAUGAAGCAGCACAUUUAAGGGUUGUCUAAUGUCAAACAGUGAGUAAAAACCAGUUGCCGUUUUAUACAGUGUAUGUAAAUAUUUAUUUUUCAGCUGUAUUCAUCAAAGCAUAUGUCCUUAAUUGAAAUGAGCCAGUCCAUGUGUACCAAAUUUCUAAAGCGUCAGCAUUUUCCACCACAUCUUUAUCAUGGUUUAAUGUCUUUUGGUUUAGAAGUCGGAGAAGUGCCAGAGUCACUGGCAUUUUCUUCAGCUUUAUGGGACCUAGAGAAAGGCAGUUCAGCUGGCCGAAAGAAGGCCAUUUUGUCCUUACGUACACAAAAGACAAAUUUAACAGACCAGGAGUAUUUCCAGUAAUAAUACGGAAACUAAAGGAGCAUCACCAUCAAUAAUUAUGGCUGGCUUAUAUUAAAUGAGAACAAAAAUAGCCUGUAAGAGAAAUUAGAUGUUUUAAACGUUGCUGGGAAUCCUGUAAAACCUGUAUGUUUUUAUUCAAGGACUUCAUAACAAGAGGGUCUCAGGCAGGUCCUUGGCCAAUCCCUAGCCUUCACCUAAUUUUUAUUCUACUCUAAAACAAACGGCAUCAAAGUAAAUGAUAUUUGUCGAUGAUUUUUUUUGUCCAAAAUGGUGAAAGUUCUUUAUUGUAAUGCAUUUCAUUACCUGGGGAAAAUGUUUUGAUUUUGAACUAUUUUACUUGCCAGUCACCGAUAAGAGCUGAUCAAGGAAAAAUCUGGCCAAUUUAAUGGUGAAACUCUAUUACAUCAGCGUUCAGGGGGCGUUAACUUUGAUUGGACAAAGGGAAAAGGCAACAACGGCGGUGUGUCGUUCUCCGCCAUACUGUGGCAUUCACCUCUCUAUUAGCUGUUUAUGAAAGCUUUUCGAUUUGUUUCACACUUCCUCCUGUGUUUCUCGGAUGUUUUAUCACAACCAGGGUAUAGUCUGACAUCUAUUGAUUAGUAAAUGUUGCUGAGUCUUUAUUGGAUAAAAAUCAAACUUCUAUUUAACUGUGCAAAAACAGCCUUUCUGCAUUUAUCAGCUCUAUAGUGUACUGUAAUUUAAAGGCUCAUUACUCUCGACCCGUCUGCAGCGUAUGACGGAUUGCAGUCCAGAGAUGCGAAUGCACUUUCUACCUUGACCUGCUGAGUCGCAACUAUCACUCAUGAUGUAUUGCCACGGUUUUGUGUACAUAUCAGCAACUUGUUUUGAUUGUGAUUGAUUCUGUUGCCUUAAAAUCAGAACUGAGACGCUGUCAUUAAUGAUACGUGGGAUGGGUUUUAACAAUAAAAUGAUUUUACUAUAGUAGUGCUGCUCAAAGAUGCACUGAAGUUGUAUAUUUCCACUCAAGGUGGUUGUUAUUGUGUCACCAGCCGGAAAAAAAAAAAAACCUGCAAGAUCUUGUUCUGUAUUCUUACUUUGACACCAGACAGGAGUCUGACUGUCUAAGAUUUCCUUCUGUUUUAUUUUGACGGUUUUGGUUUUAAAUCUAUAAAUAAACGGCCUACUUCUUAGACUGGAGGUAGGAGAUGACAUUUA